AUGCCGGUGCUGUCAGCAGGAGCAGGGCUCCACGAGACGCUGGCCCUGCUCACGGCUCAGCUCAGGCCUGAUGCCAACCACAAGGAGGACAUGGUGUUCCUCCGAGACGUCUUCAGCGAGAGGAGCCUGGCCUACCUCAUGAAGAUUCAUGAAAAGCUGCGACAGUACGAGAGACAGAGCCCCAGUCCCAUCCUCCACACGGCAGCUUCACUCGCUGAAGAUGUGGCCGAGGAACUCCAGUGUGGACCAAUGAGCACAGAGGAGAAGGAGCUGCUGCAUCUUCUCACAUCACCACAUAUGAAGGCGGUUCUGUCAGUCCACGAUACAGUAGCCCAGAAGAGCUUUGACCCGGUGCUCCCUCCGCUGCCCGACGACUUCGAAGAUGAAAUCGACGAAGAAUCAGUGAAGAUCGUUCGUUUGGUCAAAAACAAAGAGCCCCUCGGAGCCACAAUCAGAAGAGAUGAGGAGACUGGAGCAGUGUUAGUCGCCCGCAUCAUGAGAGGAGGAGCCGCCGACCGCAGCGGACUGGUGCAUGUGGGAGAUGAACUCAGGGAGGUGAAUGGCGUCUCUGUGAUGCACAAGAGACCAGACGAGAUCAGCCAACUACUUUCUCAGUCACAAGGCUCCAUCACCCUCAAAAUAAUCCCAGCCAUUAAAGAAGAAGACCGGCUGAAGGAGAGCCAGGUUUUCAUGAGAGCCCUGUUCGACUACAUCCCCAUCGAGGACAAAGCCACGCCGUGUCAGGAGGCGGGACUUCCCUUUAAGAAAGGCGAUAUCCUGCAGGUGGUCAGCCUGGACGACCACACCUGGUGGCAGGCCAAACGAGUGGGCGACAGCAGCCUCCGCGCCGGCCUCAUCCCCUCCAAGCACUUCCAGGAGAGACGGCUGGCCUACCGGAUCAAAAUGGGCACGCUUCCCAAUCCCAAAUCCCCCAAAAAGUCGCCUUACGAACAGGGAUGUGACAAAGAAGACUGUGAUUGUGAGGGAUAUUUCAAUGGACAGUACAUAGUCUCUCCGAAGUGUAAAGCAGUGGCGCCCUCCUGUGGCCAGGUCUUUUCAUGGGAGUUUUACUCAGCGGGUUUGCGGAGGAGUUUUCGCCUCAGCCGGAAAGACAGGCAGGGCUCGUCGGGGGAAGGCUCGGACCCCGGGGACCCAGACUUCCUGACGUACGAGGAGGUGACGCGGUACCAGCAGAGACCCAACGAGAGGCCGCGGCUGGUCGUGCUCAUUGGUUCACUGGGAGCACGGAUCAAUGAGCUCAAACAGCGGGUGAUCGCCGAGAACCCUCAUCGUUACGCAGUCGCCGUUCCUCAUACCACCAGACCCAAAAAGCCGCACGAGAAAGAAGGAGUCGAGUACCACUUCGUCACCAAGCAACAGUUUGACGCCGACGUUAUCAACGACAAGUUCAUAGAGCACGGAGAGUAUAAGGAGAACCAGUACGGCACAAGCAUACAAGCCAUUCGCUCCGUCCAGGCCAAGAACAAGAUGUGUAUCGUGGACGUCCAGCCGGAGGCUCUGAGGCGACUGCGGACCGCCGAGUUCAAGCCCUACGUGAUAUUUGUGAAACCUCGCAUCCCAGAGAGCAGACGGAGGCGCAGUGCUGCAACAUCACCAGGAGGGGGCGAUCACGGGCGCGUCACUGACGAGGACCUGCAGGAGAUGCGUCAGUCGGCCGCACAGAUGGAGCAGCAGUUCGGACACAUGGUGGACCGGCUUCUGGUCAAAGAGGACUCGGCCAGUGCCUGCACGGAGCUGAAGGGCAUCCUGGAGCGGCUGGAGCGGGUGGCCUUCUGGGUGCCCGUCGGCUGGGUGCGCCCGUGA